UGACUCCAGCGGCUCUAUCGGUGGUUCGUACGAUAGCUCCGCGAAGGCGGAGGGGGUGGUUUUCCAGUCGUCCAUAUCUUCGUUGUCGGCACGCGUCCUUGUCGCUACAUAGAGAGAUAUUUUAAAGGACAGUAACAUUGUUGGAACGAUAUCCGGACCCAUCGCUAGUCAAACGUGAGUACACGACUCCCUCCCUUCUAGCAAGCUUAUUUUUUUCGACCGAGACGCUCGUACGACGAUGGUGUGGGGCAUUUUUGGCAGGCACGACUGUGUAGACAUUUUAGUGUGUACUUUUGUGUACAGUAUAAUGCGUCGCCUCGGCCGAGAUUGAUUAGUUGUGCUUUCCAUGUUUCGAGAAUGAACGGGGGCUCCGAGGAGAUUUGGGUGAUGCUGCAACCUUCUAAUAGCGAUACGUGAUUUUGGAGGCUCAGCGCUAUGCGGUUCAACGAGGCUGUCUGCAAUUCUAUGCCACCGGUAUACAUUGAACUGCAGAAUAAUAAUCAUUUACGAAGAAGCUCAUCUGAAAUAAUAAUCAAUGGCAAAGUUGACUGCGUGAUCGAAGAUCAAGGUACCAAAGAGUUUCGCCUAGGUCAAGAUACGAGUACAUAUUCAUCAUUGGCUAUUACUUGUAACAGUAAAAUUCACAAGCAUAAGAAGAACAAUAACCUUGAUAAUUCAUACCAAAGUAGCUCUACCGAAAGUCUAACUGAUUACGACGGUUAUUACGACGACGCAUCACAAGAGCACUCGGGCUCCGACUGGUCAGAGUAUUCGGAAGACGGCAAUCUUCUACCGGGUUGCCGAGGUAUCGUUAAUCCAAAUUAUCCAGGCUUUCAACAUCUCGGGCCGUCAUUACUCUCAGACACCGACGACACCGAGGACGAACAAGAAUUGGAAGAAGAGCUCGCCGAGAGCCUCGAUCAUCAGGACGAGUUUAAUAACAACAAUAACAAUAGUAACAACAACAAUAGUAUCGUUGACGAGGCGGUAAAUCGCUUGGACACAAAGCGCGACGAGCAAAAGCAACUUUUCUAUGAGAAGUCUAAAUUCAAUAUUCAAAACGUUAGCUCACUCGUUGAGUGCAUGAAUUAUGUAAAAAGUAUCCAGGAUACGUCGAUGUCGACCGACAAUUUUGAUGGCGAAGUUGAAAUUGUUCAACUGACUACUAGUAUCAAGGAAAGUCUGCAAUUUCCCGAGAUCGAGCGAAUUUCUGACUCUUCGAAAAGUAGCGAAGUCGAUGAGGUUGAGGAAACGUCAUUGGAGAAGUCAAUAGAUCUCAUAUGCGAAGCCAACGCAUUAAAACAAUCGACUGCUCGCCUACAAGUUUCCAAGGCUUUAACAACCACCGGUAACAAUAUCAACAUCAACAACAACAACAACAACAGCAACAGCAGCAGCAGCAACGACGACGAUAUCGACGACAACGACGACGACAACGACAACGACAAAGACAAAGACGACGACAAAGACAACGAGGACAACGACGAUGGCGAUAGCAAUGGUAUAGAGCCAGUGUCAACUAUGAGCAAAGUCUGGGACACUUUGGACAUUGGUCCAGUUGGCGAAUUCGACCAGCGGGGCAAGCUCGAUGAGAUCGAUCUUCUAGCCAACAUUAAGAACCGAGGUGAGAUCAGAUGUAGGGAACAGCAGCAGCAGUCGUUGGUGCCGGAUGUCGUCUCCAUGGAGCUCGAUGUGUUCCAUGGCCAAGAGCAGUAUGGCAAUGCCGACAAGGUGGUUAAUUGCGAGGACGGCGAGUCCCAUCACAUCGACUCCAAGAAAAAGGAAAAGAUGAUGAGAAACCAAGCGCGACGCCGUCAUCAGAAUGCCAAUGGCCAAAAAAUCAAACACGAUGGCAAAUACAAAUCGGACAUGGAGAACGGGAGCUUCGAUGUGUAUAAUAUUGAAACUGCUAUGCCAAACAUCGAUAUGGAUGCUAUUGAGUCACAUUUAAAAGCUGCACGCGAAGAAGAACGUCGGCGACGUAAUGACAGAGAGGAAAUCCGUAAACGAUUGGCAAUGGGUUCGGACACCGAUGAUAUUCGCACCGAAAGAGGUAGAAAGCCGAGUCUUCAAUCUCGUCUUCAAAGUGGUAUGAAUCUACAAAUAUGCUUCAUGAACGAAACAUCAUCGGACACAGAGUCGGUGCUGAGUCAGGACGGUAACGAGGCCGGUUCCCCGACCAAGCCGUCAAGCUUCCACUGUAAUUCAUCCCCGUCCUCCUUGUCGUCCGCUUCCAUGGUCAUUUCGCCCUGCGAUUACAACAUCCAGCAGAGCUCAACGAGACCCCAGGUUCUGAGUCUUCCACCGCUGUUGCGGCUCGAUGCGGCCUUCGGCGACGGACCCUUCGACGAGGCCGACUUUUUCGCUCGACAAGCCCGCCUCCAGAUCGAAGCCAGGUUGGCCCUCGCGCAAGCCAAGGAGAUGGCCCACAUGCAGAUGGAGAUCGAGCGUCAGAAGCUUAAACAGAAUCCGAUAACGGAGAUGGUGCGCGCCAGUCUUCAUAAGAUUGGCGUAAGUCUUGGGGAGGAUAGGCGGCGAUUGACCCGGGCCCUACUCACCGAGCUCAAUAUCGCUCAGCUUCAAGUUCUUGCCAACGAUCUGCACGCAAGGAUAGCGACGCUCAACGAGUCCUUAGUCGAGGGUCUUCUUCGUCGCGAUGAUUUACACAUGGAGCAGGAUUCGAUGCUCGUCGAUGUCGAGGACCUUACGCGAUAUCUCGGUGCCAAACAGGAAUCGCUAAAAAAGCAUCAGCAUCAGCAGCAAGUAGACACCAAUGGCUCCGGUCGCUUCCACCUGGAUUCAAGAUCAGCUGAAAAGGAGCAACAGCAACAGCAACAGCAGCAGCAGCAGCAACAGACGUCGAGGGCGCGAACGCUUGCACUUUUCGGCAAAGCCUCGUCGACGAAACUCGCCGCGGGUCGGCAGCUUGUCGUCAACUUCGUAAGGAAAUAGUACGCGAUGGGCGCUGUCCUCGCGAUUGCGCGUCGCGUUCGCGAGGCUUAACGAUUCGCGCGCAUCCUCCAUUUCUACGGAUGUAACACACUAACGCAACUUAUUUUCUCAGACUUAAUUUUUAAGCAUGUGCUCGUUCGCUUACGUUCUAAGGAACCCUUCCAAAGGCCAUUUCUCUGCCGAUCUUAUAAUUGCACGAUGGCAUUACUUAACGCAUUACGAGUACUGA